AUGGAUACCCCAAAAUUGGCCUCCGCCUAUACACCGGCCCAAUUGACCAAGUACUUGAACUACAUCGCCCUACCAGAUCAAUAUGCACAAUAUAUCAGCGAACCAGAAUCAUUCCCCAAAACUGAAGAAGCAUUGAGGGAUCUCUUCCGUUGCCAAAUCACUCGAUUCCCAUACGAUAACCUGACAUGUCAUCAUUCCGCUACGCAACUGGCAGAGAUCCAACCCGACAAAAUCUACACGAAAGUCAUGGGGCGUGACGACACAGCACCCUCCUGUCGAGGAGGCUACUGCUUGGAAGUGAGCAUUUUCUUCCACCACGUGCUGCGCGGCCUGGAUUUCUCAGUGUACAUGACGGGCGUUCGGAACCGGGCGCGGAUAGACGGUAUACCGCAAGGGGAAUUCAAAGGAUGGACGCAUAUCGUCAACAUCGCCCGUCUGCCUAGCGGUGUAGAGUACCAUCUGGACGCAGCGUUCGGCGGAGACGGGCCAACAAGUCCCCUGCCCCUGAUCUCGGGACAGAUUACAAAGAAUUUAGGAUCACAGGAAGUGCGAUUGAUUUACGACAAUAUGCCGAAGCAGACGCGCAAAGAGCAGAAGGUCUGGAUAUACCAAUAUCGCAAUGCUGCGGACAAGCCAUGGAAUUCGUUCUAUUCGUUUGCAGAAUUUGAGUUUUUUCAGGAUGAUUUCGAAGUGAUUAAUCGAUUUACGAGUUGGGAGGCUGUGGAAAAGGGCAAUGUCCUUGUGGUCAAGUUCAUUCGAAAUGGGGAGACGGCGGGGUUACCUUUGUUGGAGGGAGAAGUGUUGAAGAUGACGGAUGAUGUCUUUAUUGCUGGGAAGAUUAUGAUGGUUAACAAUGUUGUAAAGUUGAAUAUGGGUGGGAGGACGAGGGUCAUUCAUUCAUUUGGAACUCAGGAGGGGAGAGUUGAAGCGCUGAAGAAGUGGUUUGCUAUUUCUUUGUGA